AUGAAGCUCUUGGUUUUGGCACUCGUAGCUGCUGUAUCUGCUGCUCCUCAGGGUUACGACCUAGGCACGCCCUCAGGACCUUCCUUCGAGUCUGGGAGCUGUGGGAGUGGACAAGUGCUGCAUGUGGAUGGCAGCUGUGUGACACCUCAAGUGAACAGCCGUGUGUUCCUGUAUGAUGUGCCAGAAAAUGAAGGUGUUGUAAAUCGGCCAGACUACAUUCCAGAACCUAAAUUGGAACGCAAUAUCAUUUUCGUGAGACUUCCUGAUGGCGCACAGGGACCAGAACCCAUCGUCCUACCACCGCCACAACAGCAACACGUCGUGUAUGUCCUGAAUAAGCAGUCUGAACAUGACCAACGAGUGAUCGAGGUUCCAGCACCACCGCCAUCCAACCCCGAAGUGUUCUUCGUGAACUACGCAGAAGGAGAGAACCCGACUCUUCCCAGCGGAGUCGACCUUCAGACGGCGCUGAGUUCAGCUUCCCAGGGCGGUGGUCAAGUUGUUGGAGGCGGUGGUGUUGGAGGAGGAAGUGGAGGUGGUAUUGGGGGUGGUAUUGGAGGUGGUAUCGGAGGUGGUAUCGGAGGUGGCAUCGGGGGUGGUAUCGGAGGUGGUAUCGGAGGUGGCAUCGGGGGUGGCAUUGGAGGUGGUAUUGGAGGUGGUAUUGGUGGUGGUAUUGGAGAUGGUGCUGGAGGUGGCAGUUACUCUCCUCCUUCUAAUAUCUACAGCACACCUUAA